AUGAAGAUGGAGGUUGGUGCGAACUGUGUCCACGUCCUCUUCAUGCCAGACAUGGACGAGAACAAGCACUUUGAGCGUAAGGACGACAGUGAGCCGCAUUAUAACGCCGUGCUCUUCAGUGAUGCUGCAUUCAACAAGUACAUCAAAUUCAUCAAGAAUGAGGGUAUACUGCAGUUCCAGAUAUUCCAGAUCCCUUUUGUUGGUGCGGACACGUGUGGCUUUGAUGGAAAUACGGACGAGGAGCUCUGCAAUCGGUGGAUGCAGCUCUCUGCCUUCACGCCCUUUUACAGAAACCAUAAUAUUAAGGGCACAAUACCACAGGAGCCGUAUCGCUGGGACAGUGUCACGAAUGCAUCACGUACUGCAAUUUCUAUUCGUUAUUCCCUGCUGCCAUACUGGUACACUCUGUUUGCGAACUCGUCCAUGUAUGGAACCCCUCCAGUUCGGGCGCUCUUCUUCGAGUUCCCCAGUGAGCCCGAACUGUUCGACGUCAAUGUUGAGGUUAUACAGUCAACUCGAUGCGCGCCACCCACUCCUCCUUCUCUCUUUGUCCCUUCACACACUGAGCGCAUUACGCUUCGUUUAGGUACUAUUGACAAUUAA